AUGGUAGGUCACUUCGAGAGUUUAAUGGUAUUCCUCCCUGAUUUAGAUAUCAUUGAUGGCUUGGAUGAUCGGAUAAUAGCUGACGAGCUAACUUUUGAUAUUGUUGCCCUAAGGGACGAAUUAGAAGUUAUGUUGUCCGAAAUGAACUGUGAACAACAAAAUGCUUUUCAUAGAAUAAGCGAAGCCGUGAAUAAUAACCUUGGUGGUUUUUUCUUCAUAUAUGGUUAUGGUGGAACAGGUAAGACAUUUCUAUAUAGGGCACUUUCUGCAGCUAUUCGUGUCAAAGGAGAAAUUGUUCUUAAUGUUGCCUCAAGUGGAAUUGCAUCUCUUUUGCUUCCAAAAGGUCGUACAGCUCAUUCUAGGUUUAAGAUACCUUUGGAACUUCAUGAAGAUUCUGUAUGUAGUAUAAAACAAGGGUCUCCGCUUGCUAAGUUGAUUUGCAAAGCAAAGCUUAUUAUAUGGGAUGAGGCUCCGAUGCUAAACAAGAUUUGUUAUGAAGCACUCGAUAAGUCUUUAAAAGACAUACUUAGAUCUUCAUCAUCAUACAAUGAAGACUUACCCUUUGGUGGUAAGGUAGUUGUACUUGGAGGUGACUUUAGACAAAUUCUACCUGUCAUACCUAUGGGAUCUAGACAAGAUAUUGUACAAGCUACAAUUAACUCAUCUUAUCUGUGGUCAUCAUGCAAAUCAGAGCUUGAUACAUUUACUCCUGACGUACUAAAUGCAAUUAACUGCUCAGGUUUACCACCUCAUGAACUUAUAUUAAAAGUAGGUGUUCCUGUUAUGUUACUAAGAAAUAUUGACCAAUUUAAUGGACUUUGCAAUGGUACAAGAUUACAGGUAAGGAGAUUAGGUAAUCAUGUAAUAGAGUGUGUUAUUUUGACCGGGGAUAAAGCAGGAGAUGUUGUUCUAAUACCUCGCAUGAACAUGAUUCCUAAUAAUCCAACGUUACCUUUCAGAUUCCAAAGAAGGCAAUUUCCAUUGGUCGUCUCAUUUGCAAUGACCAUUAACAAGUCACAAGGACAGACUCUCAGCACAGUUGGGUUGUAUUUACCCAAGCCAGUUUUUACACAUGGACAACUAUAUGUUGCUUUAUCAAGGGUUAAAUCUAAGCUAGGUUUAAGAGUGUUGAUUCAAAAUAACACAUGUAUAUCUACUUCAACAACAAUAAAUGUUGUGUACAGAGAAGUCUUUCAAAAUAUAUCUUAA